AUGUCUGGGGUAAAGAGUAUUCUUAAGCUUGCCAAGUCAUCUUUAGAGCAAAAUGACCCUGAGGCAGCGUUGGUUCACUCGAAGGAAGUUAUAAAACUCGACCCUAAGUCCUAUUAUGCAUUUGUUUUUCAAGGGAAAGCAUAUCAACUUUUGAAUGACCUAACGAAAGCAAUCACCUCAUUUAAAAGGGCAAUUGAGCUAGAACUGGAUAACCUUCUUGCCUGGAAAGGUUACUUUCAAAUAGCCAAGGGCUCAAAUGAUUAUGAACAAUUUUUCUCUGUCUUAACUGCAUUGGCCAAGAUUUAUAUCGAGCAGGGGAUAUCGAUCUCUGAGUUGUUGAGAGAUAUGAGAGCUUACUUGGAUACCAACAACGUAAAGAACAAUGAAGCUUUGUAUGAAUAUUAUUUGAGGUCAAUUGUGCCAGGCACUGAAUUAGGAGAUUUAAUUGGAUCAUCAGUUGAGGCUCCAUCAAAUACGUACAAAAAGUUAAUUGAUUUAAAACAAACUCAAGUGGAGAAAGAAAUAACUACUAGGGUGUCCAAAGAAAGAAUAAAGCUUGGAAGAAUUAUAAAAUUGGAGCAAAAGGCAAAACUUGAUGCCAUAUCUUGGUCAUAUUAUUCAGAUAAUGACUUGUUGAAUUUAUAUGAUGCGUUUUUGAGUACAUGUGAUGACGAGCUUUUGAGAAAAAUCUACCAAGAAAAACUAUUGAAGCUCAAAUACGAACUAUUGAAAAUUUGCCCUGAAAAAGAGCCUAUAAUAAAGGAUAUAAAACAGUCAGUUGAAGAUAUGGUUUUCUUGAAAACGACUAGUUUAUUUUGUUGGAAUUUGUACUUUGAUUGGAACGAUGAUAAAUCGAUUGAUUCCUUGGAAGAAGACAGAGUGAUUGAAUAUUUGCAAUUAUUUCAAAAUGAAGGGUUGGGUCUUGUUUUGUUUGGAUUUGUUAUGAGUGAUAUUUCGCCAUACAACAAGGACAAGAUAAUCAAAGCUUUAUCAGGUAAGGAGAUUGUGCCGGCGAAAAAAGAAAAGAGAGAAAAUGCUCCUGAAUUGGAAGAGUUGAUAGACAUGGAUGGCGACCAUGAUGAUGUUAACUCACAACUAUACUUACCACAAGAGGAAGUAUUGGGAGUUUUGUUGGAUGGAUUUAGCAAAGCGAAAGGAUCAAUUCUUGCAAACAGAAUUAUAGUGAACUACUAUAUCCACUUAAGACAAUAUCAUGUCGCGUCCGAGAGAUGUCGAGAGGGAAUUAAAAUCUUAGCUGAUCUACAACGUAACUUCGGUGUGGAUUUGAAAAAUACAAAGGAAGAUUUAUUAUGCUCACUUGCUACUGUGUACACAUAUUAUGAAGCUCCAAAGAACUAUACUCGAGCUAUUCAAUUAUAUGACAAGAUUUUGUCAACCAAUGCUGAUAAUGUAAAGGCAAAAGUUGGUAAAGGUUUGAUAUACGUAGAAAGAGGCGAGCUUGAGGAGGCAAGAAUGCUUUUGGAAGAGAUUGUUAGAGACUAUCCUGCCAACUUGGAAGCAGAGUCUGAAUAUUAUUGGUGUCUUGUCAAGAUGGGACAACACGAUGAAGGUAGAGAGGGAUUGCACAAUUUCUUAGCAAAGAUUACCGGAGGUGAUUUGCAUAGUCGAGAUAUAAGAGCUGUGGCAUAUUGGAGGCUAGCCAAAAGCUACAUGGAUACUGAGGAGUAUGAUGAGAGUUACAAAUAUUUGAUUGAAUCUUUAAAGAACUCCGACUUAUAUGCACCAGCAUAUACUUUAUUAGGUGUGCUUCUCCAAGACUAUUAUGGCGAUCUUGAAAGGGGUCAGAAGUGUUUCUACAAAGCAUUUGAUUUAGAUUCCAACGAAAUUACAGCAGCAAGGUAUCUUGUGGAGCAAGCCGCAGAAAAGAAUGAGUGGGAAGUGGCCAAUGUGCUUGCUAAAAGAGUUGUUGACAACGAAUCUACACGAAGAUUGAUCAUGCGUGGAGAUACUGAAGAUCCAUCUUGGCCAUAUAGAGUUCUCGGAUGUGGUGCUUUGAAUAACCAGGACGAUGCUAAAGCAGUUGAAUGGUUUCAAAAUGCCCUUCGAACUAAUGCAAAAGAUUACCAAUGCUGGGUGGGAUUAGGAGAGGCUUAUUUCAAUUGUGGUAGACUUGAUGCCGCAGCAAAGGUAUUUCAACAUGCCUUGGAGAUGAAUAGUGACAAGGAGUGGAUAAUCCAGUACAUGUUGGGAGUGGUUAUGUGUGAAAUGAAGGAUUUUAAUGAAGGCUUGAGUUAUUUGUACUCUGCCUUGGAAGCCCAGCCCAAUGAAGAGUGUAUUAUUAGUGCUAUAUACGAGGCGAAUAUCGAAAACAGCAGAAAGUUCCUUCAAUCGGGAUUCUUUGGAAGGGCGAUAAACUCUGUUUCAAAAGCGUUGGCUUUUGUCAAACAAGGAGUGGAAAUAAACAAAGGUUCACAAAAAGUAUGGAAAGCUUUGGGUGAUUGUCUUCGAGUAUUUGUCAAAAUCAGGGAACGUAUUAGUGAUACCCCUUUUGACCUAGUUGUUGACAUUUUUAACAACGUUAAUUUUGCCAACUUUGAGUACCCCUUGAUUGAGUCAAUUUCUUUGGCUAAUGCAAAACUAAAACUUGAAGAAGGUAAGGAUGUGGAGGCACUAGUUUUAUUCAUUAUACUAGCUUCUGUAGCAGCUUUGAACAAUUUGCCUUUGAAAGCAAACAAAGUACUCAAAGCAACUGGAUUUUAUAAUCUUGGUUUAUCCUUGUUGGAAUCUUUUCAAGAGAUAGACUAUGUCGGGUUCCGUGAUUUAUCGGUAUACUACCUCAAACGAGCCAUCAAGAUUGAACAACAUAAUGCCAAUUAUUGGAUUGCUUUAGGAAAUGCAUAUUUCACAACCAACCCGCAAAUUUCCCAACAUUGCUACAUUAAGGCUACUACAUUAGAGGUGAAAGACGCCGAGAUUUGGGUCAAUUUAGCGACAUUGUACUUAAAAUUUGGUGAUACACAAUUAGCACAGGAGACCUUCUUGAGGGCACAAUCAGUAGCUCCACAAGAUCCACAAUCAUGGCUUGGUACUGCUGUUGCUUCGGAGGUUUUGGGAGACGAUGAAAAAGCGUCUGACCAGUAUAUCCAUGCCUUUACAUUGUCCAAAGGAAGAUUGGCUUUGGCCCUGUUUUUGUUUGGGUUAUCUGUCGUCAACCGCAGUAAUGGUCGUGAUCCAAAAGAUAUUGAGACUGCUCAAGAAUUCAGUAUAAGUAACCAGGCCAUGAAUCAAUACUUGAAAUAUUAUCCAGAAGAUGAAGCAGCAUUAAGUCUUGGACUUUCCAUUGCAGAAAGAUGUAAGGAUUUUGAAACUGCGAUUCAAUUUGGAACCAAAUUGUGUUCACUUUACGAAAAGCUGUACGAAGAGACGGAGAAUGAGGCUACUUUGCUGAGAUUUGCUACUACAAAAAGUCAGCUAGCAAGGUUGCGCCUAGGAUUGGGUGACUAUGAUAGUGCUAUUGAAGAUUCUAAGGUUUCACUUGAGCUUGAUCCUGAACUGGAGCAGAUUAUGAUAUCAGUGAGAAUCACUCUUGGUUUAGCUUAUUUCUUCACUAAUAGAUUUCAAGAUGCGAUUGGUGAAUUGAAAAUUGUUUUGAGUGAGUAUAGCGACUCUUCAAGAAUUGUUGCAUUAAUUGCUCAAGUCUUAUAUGCACAUGAUACUGAAGAAUCAAAACAAGCUGCUAUUGAUCAAUUAUUUGCUCAUAUUGAAGAGCAUGGCUCAUCAUUGUUGAUUGUGCUUACCCUUGGUGCGAUCUCUUUAGUUGAAGAUUUACCUGAUUAUCUUGAAGCUGUCAAGGAUGAUUUAUUAGGAUUGAAUUUGAAUGAAAUUGUCGCCGAUACAAGAAGAGAAGUCCCCAGAUUAAUUGAAGAGAUCAAUAAGAGGUUGGGUAAAGAUGAAGACAAGAUUUGGUCUAGAUAUGCAUACAUGUUCCCCUUCAGUUAUCACAUUUGGAAACAUAUUAAUUCGGAAAUGGCUAAACAAGUGAUAAUUUCAAGAAAUGAAAAGGUUACCGGCAGUGAGUAUGCUGAAGCGAUGGUGAAGACGGGUAAAUUGAGAGACAUUCAACGUGGUUUGAUGAUGAAUCCUUGUAAUGAAGAAGCCCUAGAGGCAAUAGAAUUAUGUAUAGCUUAG